AUGCCGACUCUUCUUGAGGAUGCGUACAUCAACUCCCAGGUGGCGAGCUAUCCUGUAUCGAUGCUCGAGGACCACGCCAUCGCAGUUGACGCGACCUACUAUCUCCACCUCCAGCUCGAUUCACAGCCCAGCGAACCCCUCCUCUCGGCCCUCGGGGGCGUAACCGGUAUCCAGUCGCGCAUUGAGAACGAUCUUAACCAAUGGCAGGCCAACAAUGUUAUCCCUUUCUUUAUCUUUGAUGGCCAAAAUCUCAAGGGUCAAGAUGAGGUCAACAUCAGACGUGCUCGGGAAGGCAUUGCCCAAACCGACAGGGCCUGGGAGCAGUACUUCAAUGGCCAGGCUGAUGCUGCCGUUCAGUCAUUCGGCGAGAACACGAAUGCCUUUCAUCCUCACAACUUCUAUCGCCUUCUUCAAGGGAUACUGAAGGAGAGAAAGCUUCACUUUCUUGUGGCGCCCUUCAACGCUGCAGCUCAGAUUGCUUCGUUUGAUAUGACUGACUCGGACCAAGCCGGUGGUGUCAUGGGGUCUGUCGAGCUCCUGAUGUACCCCAUCAAUGACUGCGUGAUCAGAAGCAUCGACUGGGAAACUAGAACCGUCCGCGCAGUUUCCAAGACUCAUCUGUUGAGUGUCCUCAACGUCACUCACCAUACUUUUGUCGACCUGAUGCUCAUGGCGGGCACGUCGUUUCUACCGGCCUUUCCUGCCCUUACAGACGGCAACAUCAUCAAGAACCAACCGUCCAACAUCAAUGAUGCUUUGAACAUCCUGCGAGUCGCUCGUAAGGAUGUGACGCAGGUCUGCAUCACCUUUGCCGAUACCCUCAAAGCACAGGAUCCCAACUGGUUGGACAAGUACCGCAAGGCCCGAAUGCUUGUUGACCACUUCACCUACAUCAAGGAAAACGGAGAAAUAACCGUUCACAACUAUGACACUCUUACCCAAGACAACUAUGAGUAUUUGGGCCUCUCUCUUCCGCCCGAGAUGUUCCAUUACCUGAACACAGGUCUAAUUGGGCCACGGAUUCUGAACCCCAUCACGCAUGCUUUUACUCAGGCUGAAGCCUCUAAGAAGCAGACGUCGGCCUCGAUGGAGGUUUUGCCCACCCUGGAUGGGACGGUCUCGCCUGAGUACAGGAAGCUGGUUACUCAACAAACUCCCCAGAUCAAAGAAGCCGCCUUGAGCUUGGUGGUAGCUCGCCUUCACCGUGCCUUCUUACACAGCACCGUCACCAUGGGCGUAUGGUUUGAUCGGGAUUUUAAGCGGAAGUUGUGGGACUUCAAGAACCAGGGCCCUUACCUGGAGCAGUGGAAAAGCUGGAGAGUGUCCGCCGAGGUAGUCGAGAAGUUGUUCCCGGAUUUUGUCCACGGAUCCAUCUUUUCUGAAGUUCUGGCGCUUGAGAAGCCAGAGUUCGUUGCCACCACCUUUUCUCAGAAGGACAAAAAGGUGAAGAAUCUGAGCCCUGACCUCAUCAAAUCUUUCUCCAUCUGGCGGUUUCUUCACAUUCGGGGCUACGUUGACAAUAAACACGAACUCACCAGCUGGGGCAAGGCCUUAUCACAAGCUCUCACUGCACUUCAGCCAACAGCCAAGAGGUACUGGAAGGUACCACACCUUUAUGAGUCCAUCAUUGUCGCUCUUGAGCUCGUUCGUUUCGACUUGUUAAAUGCCAAGAACAAGCAUGAAGAGUUGCGCGGCUUACCCAUGCACGGCAGCGAGGACGACCAAUUGAGCUUGCUGUUGAUCAGCAGGUGUGCGUGCCUGCUGAAACUUCGGCAUGAAUCCUAUGGGUAUACGGGGCCCCUCAGCAAGAGUCUGCUGGCUUUCCGUUCGUUGGCAUCCGAGGUGCGGGCGGCAGACCGUGACUUGGUGGAGGCGAUCUUGGCUUCGACAUUCAUGGCUGCUCAGGCUGACCGGCGGAAAGACGCCAACUGGGAGUUGGGCAACAGCCUCCCGUUCCAUUUCGAUCCCGACGUAUCCCUCGGCAUUGCCGUCAAGACGUUUUUUGACGAGAUCAAUCCCAACGACCCCGAGAUGGCCAAGAAGAAGAAGAACUUUCCCUCCAGUUAUAUCCCCUACGCCACUGCCUUUCCGGAAGACCUCGAGAUUGCCUGCGAGUUCUUCAAGGCUAUUUAUGCGGGUAUCAAGGCGUUGCCUCAGAGCGAGCUCUCGGCCAAUGACCAGGCUGUUUGGGAAAAGGCAGCAAAAUACUUGGAGGCGCGGGCUUAG